AUGUCUGGGCCCUCCGUCGCAGCCAGUGUCGUGCCUGGCCUGGCUGAGAGAGCGAUCAAGAACACUGUCUGCCUUUUCGACGUCGAUGGCACCCUCACCCCAGCCCGACGAGGCGUGACACCGGAAAUGUUGCAACUCCUGUCUCAGCUUCGCCACAAGGUCGCCAUUGGCUUCGUCGGCGGCUCCGACCUCGGAAAGCAGCAGGAACAGCUCGGCACCGCCUCCAUCCCCGUCACCACCCUCUUCGACUUCUGCUUUGCGGAGAAUGGGCUCACGGCUUACCGCAUGGGCCAGCCGCUGGCGAGCCACAGCUUCAUCAAGUGGAUCGGCGAGGACAACUACAAGCGCCUCGUCCGCUUCAUCCUGCACUACGUCGCCGACCUCGACAUUCCCAUCAAGCGUGGAACGUUCAUCGAGUUCCGCAACGGCAUGAUCAACGUGUCCCCCAUCGGGCGUAAUGCCAGUGUUCAGGAGCGUAAUGACUACCAGACCUUUGAUCUCGCCAACAACGUCCGUGCCAACUUCGUCGAGGCGCUGAAGAAGGAGUUUCCCGAUCUGGGACUGACGUACUCCAUCGGCGGCCAAAUCUCAUUCGACGUCUUCCCCACCGGAUGGGACAAGACUUACUGCCUGCAGCACGUGGAGAAUGAGAAGAACCUGCCCGGCGGCGUCGAGUACACCACCAUCCACUUCUUCGGCGACAAGUGCUUCAAGGGCGGGAACGACUACGAGAUCUACGAGGAUAAGCGCACCAUCGGCCACAGUGUCAAGAACCCCGAUGAGACGAUGGCGUUGCUGCGGGAGAUGUUUCACCUUUGA